CUGCCACAGUAUGGUUGAUGGAAUGCAUUAUCUUUUUGAAGCUUUAAUGUGGGUACCUGUUUUCGCGAUAGUAACGGCAUCGGUUGCUUGGGCAGUUCUCGGCUGUGUGGCGCAUCGUCAAAAAUAUGCCAGAGGCACCGACAUCCGGCAGGAAAAUGUUAGACCUCGACGACGCAGCGGUUUGAGUUCAGUGGUUGAUAAUCUUCGAAACUUGUUCAAAGAUCACAUCGGAAGCGAUUCAAAUCGAGCUACUGGAACGAUCACAUUAAGCGACGACGUGCUUUCUUCUCCUCAGUGGAAUGAACUGUAUCGAAACCGCGGAUCUCUUCGCACAAUGGCCGGAUCGCUACGAUGGAGAGGACAUCGCCGUGAAAGACGCAGUGUUUCGUUUCGUGACCCACCGUUAGAGCCACCAUCGUGCUUAGCGUACAAAUACGGAGCUCCAGAUGGUGUGCGAACUCCUGCGUCGGGCGACAUUGCUCAUACACAUGGACCAGCUUUCAUGGGUGAUACUUCUUAUGGCGCCACUUACAGAUUCCCAUCAUCGUUUGAGAUUGAAAAAAUGAAAAACUCGUGAAAUUUUGUCUGUCUUUUUUACUUUAUCGUUGUUGAAGUGAAUUACGCUCUUUGUCAUUGCUCCUUUGAUUUGCCGUUUUCGGAAUAAAAAUUGUUUAGAGCAUCUUCAAAGA